AUGGCAUGUAGAAGAACGUGUGUUCUGUUCCUGGCGUUUGGGUUACUCUUUUCCACGGCCGUCUUCUUUUUCCUCGGCACGCAGGCCUGGCAGAAUCGCCGCUACGUUUCAGUUCAGCCUUAUAUGGGGACAGGGGCGGUGUCUGUAGGAAACAGGACCAACUCACCGAGUAGACAUGAGAGUCCGAGAGUGAAUAUCACAGCAUCGAAAGUUGAACAGACAAGGAUCAACUCAACAAGAACAGCUAAGCCCCCGGGUGUGAGCUUCAAUACAUCGGAAGUUGAAAGGAUAAGAAAGUGGGUUCUGAAGUACUUCAACCCGGACACAGAUCUCACCAUCAACAAGUCUCAAGUGAAACUUGGAAAACUGAUGCGGUACGAAGCGUCCCGGAGUAGACGCGCGAACAUCACGGAAAACUUCCUCCGUCUCAUUCCCGAGUCGUCGCCCCUUCUGGGCAGGCACUUCCGGUCUUGUGCAGUCGUUGGGAAUUCUGGGAUCCUCCUGGGCAGCCGCUGUGGUCCUCAGAUCGACUCUGCAGAUUUCGUGUUCAGAUGUAACCUUCCUGAUCUUGAGGGGUUCGAGAAAGACGUGGGGACAAAAUCCAACUUCACCACCAUGAAUCCAUCUGUUCUUCCACACGAAUAUAAAGGAUAUGCCAAAGACAGCAGCGUGCAAGAAAUAUUCGUCAGGCGACUGCGCCUCAUCCACGAUCAGAUUCUCCACAUCCCUGCCUUUGUAUCAGUGAGCGGACGCAAAGACGUGGAGUUUACCAACAGAAUGAUACUGAAACAUCGCCUGCCAAUCAAGCUUUCGUAUGCACCAAGGCACACUUCAAAAAGGAUGCAAAAGUUGUGGAAUGAUUCAGAAUUCCAGCCCAAGCGGCCUUCGACAGGAAAUAUCUUGUUCGCGCUGGCGGCCUGUCUGUGCGACCAGAUCCACUUGUACGGAUUCUACCCGUUUGCAAAGGACGAAAAGGGCCGAAAGAUAGAAUACCAUUACUAUGGGGACGUAAGAAACCAUCGCAAACACAACAUGACUGAAGAGUACCGGGCGUUUCAGAGGCUCCACCAGCGGAAGGCUCUGGUACUGCACACGGAGCCUUGUGAUGAUGCCAAGCUCUAA